AAGUUCAUUGUACAUACACAGAUUCUCGUGUGCGAGUUGCCACCUUGGAGAUGUCUCUAUUGGUUUUAAAACAGUUAAUUGGAGUAGGAUCUAGCAAUCGGAGAAAACACAUGAGUUUCCUUCGUGACCAUCACUUAGCAACACUGGAGGGAGCAAGAGAAGAAGCCACACUUAUGCUGAGAAACUUCUAUAAGACUGAAGAGAUCUUCCUAGACAUGUUUGAAGAUGAGUGGCAUGAGAUGCAUAGAAGGCCCUUGAAUGUUGAGUACCUGUUGCAGGAUGCAUCUGUGCUUCUACCCCCUGCUGGAACACCUCUUACUGGUAUUGACUUCAACAAGAGACUACCCUGCGGGGAGGUUGAACGGGCACGGAGAGCAAUGCGGGUCUUCUUUUUAGUACGUGAAAUGAGUCUUGCUGUACGUGAUGAGCCAGACACCCAUCUUCCACUAACAAAUCCUGCCGCAUGUGUACAAGUGGCUGAUGUUCUGGACCUAAAUAACAGUGACCUAAUUGCAUGUGUGGUUAUUCCGCGUGAUGGACAGCGCUCAAGACUAGUCAUAGAUCCUCAGCUAUCUGGUAAGCCGACACCACGUUUAGGAUGGGGUGUUGCCAAAUUUGUCGGAUUUCUGCAACAUGGUAUGUUGUCACCAAAUGCUCUCAGACUCUUUGAAGUCUUACAAAAACAAGGCCUUGAGAUCCAGACUUGGCUGCCCAAGGCUGCCCAAUGA